AUUCAGUAACGCGAUUGUUCUGCAUGUGAGUAUAGCACGUAUAUAUUCCAUAUCUAUGCUUUAUAGUCUCACAGGACUGCUCUGACGUCUGACGAAAAUUAUGUCAUAUUCGACAAUGGGUUUUGUCGUCUUGCGGGACUAGUCGCAAGUGGAAAACAGGCUUUAAUCACAGCUAACCAAAGGUAAGGUUAGUCAAGCAUUUUCAAUUGUAACUAUGGAAACCAUUAGUUGACAUCAUUAAUGUUACUAUGUAACGAAACCGAGACCUGAUAUUAUUACGUAUAAGCUUUACAAUAUAUUUAUUCAGUUUUUCGUUUAUUAAAUUAUGUCCAUAAAUUUGAAUGAGAGGAAGAGAGAGAAAGAUAAAAAUUUCAAUGAAAGAAAAUAUAUAUACUAUAAACUUAUAAAAUUAUGUCAUAUAUUUUAACAAAUAUAGUAUAUUUGUUAAAAAAUAAAAAUAAUCUUAUUUAUCUCUAAAAUGUGGAAUUAUUUUAUAUUAUAAUUGAUAUUAACUCAUAAAUAUCUUGAAUAUGGAUAGAUAUAUAGUCACAGGGAAAAUUGGAAAAGGAGCACAAGGUAUUGUUUUAAAAGCACAUGAUGUGGAAACAGAAAAGGAUGUUGCAUUAAAAAAGUUAUUCUUAAAGAAUAUUGAUAACGGUAUAUCCAUAUCCAUUAUUCGAGAAAUAAAAAUUUUAAAACAAUUAAAACAUCCCAAUGUCAUAGAGUUAUUAGAUGCUUUCCCUACUGGUUUAGAUUUUAUAAUGGUAUUUGAAUAUAUGCCAACAGGGCUAUGGGAAAUAAUAAGAGACAAUGAUAUAUUAUUAACUCGAGUUCAAGUAAAAAUUUAUACAAAAAUGAUUUUAGAGGGCAUUGCAUAUAUACAUGGAAAAAAUAUAAUACAUAGAGAUUUAAAACCUGCUAAUUUACUAAUAAAUGAAAAAGGUAUUUUGAAAAUUGCUGAUUUUGGUUUAGGAAGAUUAUUGUGGAAGAAUGUAACAAAACCAUAUUCUCACCAAAUUGCCACUAGAUGGUAUAGAGCACCUGAAUUAUUAUAUGGUGCACGAUAUUAUACAUCAGCAAUUGAUAUGUGGUCUAUUGGAUGCAUUUUUGGUGAAUUAUAUAACAGAUCACCAUUAUUUCCUGGAGAGACAGAUAUUGAGCAAUUAGCAAUAGUUUUAAAAUAUUUAGGUUCUCCUACGUCAGAAACAUGGCCAGAUUUAAGUAUAUUACCUGAUUAUAACAAAAUUACAUUUCCAUAUCAUAAGGGAAUAUCAUGGAAUGAAAUUCUUGAAGAUACUGAACAAGAAGCUCUUGAUCUAAUUAGUAAUAUUCUUAUUUACAAUUCAUCACAACGUCUGACAGCUGAUGAAGCAUUACAACAUCCAUAUUUUCAUAUUAAACCAUAUGUUUCUUCAAAACAUUUGAUAAAACCACAAACUAGUCAUCGCUGUCAAACAAAGCAGAAAGAAAUUAAUACAAACAUCCAAGCUACUACCCUUUUUAAAAAUCUGUUAACUAUUAUAUAAUAAAUGUUCAUAUUACACAUAUAAUUAAUAAAGCAGAAAUAUAUACACUAAGAUAUAAUAUAUUAUAAGUAACCACACAAAUAAAUUAUACGUUUAACUAUAAUAAACUUCGAGAUUAUUUAAUUUUAAUCAUUUUAAAGCUGAUAGAAUAAGAGCUAUAAAUAUUUUUAUAGGUACAUAAAGUUUGAAUAUUUUCUUAAAAAAGAUGUACGAGUUUAUUGUCAAUAAUUAUCUUAUUUUAUUUAUUUUUAUAAAAUGCAAGAAAUCUAUUAAAAACAUCACGAUUGUAGCCUGUAAGACAAGGUUGCCCAUUUUCAUAUAGAGCUUUUUCAUAUAAUUUUAUUGAUGGUUCUGACCACCAAAAAUUUUUGAUUCCUUCUUUGCCAUCAACAUCUAAGGUAUUAAGUUGGUAUA